CGUUAAUUCCCCGUGGACUCCGGGCGGCCAAUCAUCCGAAGCUUGACGCCCUAGGGUUCCGUCGUCGAUUGCGGGGCAUCUUCACCAUUCCUCUUUGAUCAUUUUUCCUUCCCCCUCCUAUGAUCUCUGAUAAUUACGUCUUUAAAUACCCCUCUCUUCUCUUAUUUUCUUUGUCUUCUUCUCUCUAUCCUCCCCCCUUCACUCAACUCCAAACCAGCCUUUGAAGCGCAUACCACGCCAUGGCAACAACCCCGCAAGAGCUCGUCCCCCAGACAGAGAACAUUGCUGAGGUCUAUGCCACAGACGAUGCUUCGGUCACGACCGUCGCUCUGGAGCAUCAGGCUCGUUUCAAUGCCCUGAUUUCCAAAUUCAACCAAUUGUACAACCAUCGUCCCGACUUCGUCUCCCGCAGCCCUGGUCGUGUUAACAUCAUUGGCGAACACAUUGACUACAACCUCUACGAUGUCCUCCCCACUGCCGUCAGCGUCGACGUCAUCAUGGCCGUGAAGGUUGUUCCUUCCAACGGAGAGCCAUAUGUGAAGAUUGCCAACGUCCAGCCCGAGAAAUUCCCCUCUCGCGAAUUUACAGUUCCCCGCGACACCGAUAUUGAGAUCGAUCCUAAGCAUCACGAAUGGGUCAACUACUUCAGAGCCGGGCUCUUGGGUGCCCUGAAAUUCCUGCGCAAAGCCAAGCAAGAUGGCUCCUUUGUGCCAGCCAGUGUGGAGGUCCUUGUGGAUGGUAACGUGCCUCCAGGCGGUGGAAUCUCCAGCAGUGCAGCUUUCGUCUGCUCGAGUGCGCUUGCCGUCAUGAAAGCGAACAACCACAAUGUCUCUAAACAAGAUCUCCUCGAUCUCGCCGUGGUCUCGGAGCGUGCAGUCGGUGUCUACUCUGGAGGUAUGGACCAAGCAGCUUCCAUCUUCUCCCGCCGCGGAUAUCUGCUAUACACCCAGUUCUUCCCCAACUUCUUCGUCCAACACGUUCCCAUCCCCAAGGCUACCGAAGAGAUCACAUUCCUCAUGGCCCAGAGCUUCGUCACCUCCAACAAGGCUGAGACUGCACCCCGCCACUACAACCUGCGCGUCGCAGAAUGCACCCUCGCCGCCGUGGUCCUCGCCGCCCAGCACGGCCUAAUCCUCCCCAAGGACAAUAGCUCCCUCGGAUACAGUCUCCGCAACUUCCACGAAGAACUCAUGCGCAAGGAAGGCCGCCUCGGCGACCCUCUCGAGUACCAGAUCGAUUCCGUCAUCCAGUUUACCAUGGAACACCUCACCCAAGAACAGGGAUACACGCGCGAGGAAAUCGCCAAGCUCCUCGGCACCACAGUCGCAGACCUCGAGGCCAAAUACCUUUCUUCGUUCCCCGUGCAGGCCGAGCGCUUCCUCCUGCGCCAACGUGCUUUGCACUGCUUCACCGAGGCCCGUCGCGUGCUUGAUUUCAAGGCCUGCCUGGCCAAGGCACAUACCCUCGAUGAGAGACGUAUCGAAUAUCUGGGACAAUUGUUGAACGAGUCUCAGGCAUCGUGCCGUACCCAGUAUGAGUGCAGCGCUCCGGAAGUUGAUGAUAUCUGCGCCAUUGCUAGGCGCGCGGGUACCUGGGGUAGUCGGCUCACUGGUGCCGGAUGGGGUGGUUGCACGGUGCAUAUGCUGCCCCAGUCGAAGGUUGAUGCUGUGAUCAAGGCUCUAAAGGAUGAGUACUACUUGAAUAAGUUCCCGGAUAUCAGUGAGGAAAAGCUGGCCCAGGCUAUGGUUAUCAGUAAACCGUCUAACGGGUCUUUCGUGGUUACUGGGGAGGCUAUUGCUCAGGUUAAUGUCUAAGGAAGACUCAAAUGGUAAAAAAAGAGAAGAAAAAAAUAUUGGAACGAGAUGGAUGAAUGAAUUUUGAAAUAAUCUUGUAUAUAGUCUCCCAUCCGUUAUUCAAAUAGCAUUGGCGCUAGCGUUGAUGUGUGGGUAUUACCGGUAAGGUUAAAUUUAGGUCCUAAGGUUAUCGUAGACUAUUGUAUCAGAAAAUGCCUCAUUUUCUCGCGCCGCGAGAGAGACUUUUUCCCGGUCCCAUUUUACCUUCACCGAGGCACUUGUAUGGUGCAUGGCGCAGACUCGCUUGCGCAUACCACAUAUGCGCGUUUUACUUAUUACUGAGUCGUCUGAUUCCAAUCACUGUGCCUCCAGCUCAUGAAAUAUGUUCCAAACGCCUCAAUAGGUUUCUGGAACGAGCAAAACACCCAGCAGCACUAGGAACCAAAUGAGACUGAGCUCUUAAUGGCCAGAGCCCAGUAGAUUAUGGGUGGUUCCGCCGUCAAUUGUGGGCGCGCGCAACCGCAGAAAUGGAGUUCAUCCAGUGCAAGAUAGCAUCUCAUGCAAGGACCAACUCAAGAGUUCUUCUUAGGGGCCGCUUUUGCAAAGAAGGCACUCAUCUUCUUCAUGCCAAUGGUAUUAACCUUCUUCAAAUCCCUGACCCCGC